GUUUUUACAAGUGCUGCGUGCAGUAGAAAGUGGUGUUUAUUUGUAAAUAUUGUAAAAUUGUAAAUACAAAUAUUUUUGGUGUUUCUGUCAUCUGAUUUGUGAUAACAUUGAAAGUGAAAGUGUUUUAUGGAAAUACAACUCGUUAUAAAGAAGAUUUGCGUUUCCAAAGGGUAGGUAAGCCGGGAUGGUGAUGGAAGCCGACCCUAUAGCUGGUAAACAUAAUGAUGAGAGAGUGCACGGCGCAGCGCUGAAAGCGCGGGCGGGUGGUGACGUCAUAACUCCCGAGCGCUCUGUUGGAACCCUCGACCUCAACAUGUCGUUCACGGCACCUUCCAACCUGGUGCUCACACCUGCACCCGAAUGUCGAAAGCUUUCCCGUGGAAUCUCCCGCGCGACAGACAACGAGGGUCUCGUGUGGGCAUUACGCAACAACACAGAGCCUGAACCUAACACGAUCAAUUCAGAUCACAUACUCUUGCUCCCAGAUAUAUCAGUCUACCCACCUGAUUUUCGAACGUUCCUAGAAAAGGACCUUCUAGAGACAGCUACUCUAGUGACCCUAGAGUCAGCUAACAUACUGAACUGGUGGCGCCAUGGCCGAGUGCCCGGGGCUCCCCGGCUUCUGCCUCUGGCAACCUCAGGCGAUGGCAAUUGUUUGCCGCACGCAGCUUCGCUCGCGGCGUAUGGCUUCCAUGACAGACUGCUCGCUUUGAGGACUAAAGUCCAGGCUUUGUUGUCCGGAGAGGGUGGUGAAGUACUUACAAACGCAAUAAAACGCCGUUGGCGCUGGUCAGAAAGCAUAUCCCUCCGCUCAGCCGGGCUAACUCCCUCGGAAGCGGAAUGGGAACACGAAUGGGCGCAGUGCGUGACGGCCGCGUCGCCGGAGCCCGCGCGAGCCACGCCGGCCGCGGCGCCACAUUACGCAGCUCUGGAACAUUUGCAUGUGUUCGCUUUGGCACAUGUCAUGAGGAGACCUGUUAUUGUGUUCGCUGAUGUCGCUUUGAGGGAUUUCCGCGGCGACCCAAUAGCACCGAUCCCAUUCGGCGGCGUGUACUUACCUCUAGAGUUAUCCCCGGACGCCUGCAGCAAGACGCCCAUACUCCUAGCGUAUGAUGCAGGGCACUUCUCCGCCUUAGUGCCCUGCGAACCUUUGCCCACUGAUGGCGCGAGAGUGCCCUUGGAAGAUAGCGCUGGUAACCCUAUGCCUAUCAGAUUCAACGUAGACCCCGGCGAAGACUUCAGAUGGGACGUAGAACCCGAUCAGAAGACGAUCAACAAUAUUCUACCCGACGAAUACCAACGCUCUUCCAUGCUAGCCGCGUACUUAGACCUCGAGCGAAUCGAGUGCAUCUCCCUUAACCAACCGCCUGAGGAACUCCGAAGAUCCUUGGACGCCCUUUCGACCAAAAGUUCCAAACAAAUGAAUUCUGUAGCCAAACAGUUCGGAAGUAUUGGUCGGUCUAUGAGCAGUAAGUUGAAGAAGAAUUUCGGUUCGAUGGCGAAAUUGACUGGCAAGAGUAGUGGGAGUCAUAGCAAUCCUGAGGAGAGUUUGAUGAGAACGCAGUCGACUUGUGAAGUUUUGUGCUGCCGGGUGUUGGCAGCCAGAGCGCCCGUGCAAGAGGAGAUGGUCAAAAAUUAUCUCAAUGAGGCUUGGAUCGGGUACACCGCCGAAAAGAACCGCAAAGAACAGCCAGUAGGGCCAAGCCAGCCCCGCUACGGCACUGGCCGGUCACAGUUCUAUGCCGAAGCCGAACGACCGGCACACGAUGCUGCCCGAGCGGCCACCAGCACAUCACAUAAGAGCGCUCGAGCCCCGGCUGACAGAACAUUGUACCUCAGCCGCUCGACCUUCUACGACGACCGUCCCCCCUCCCCCAAGCCCUGCCGAGCCCCUCUCUGCAUGUACUACGGCAGUGCCGCCAAUGGCGACUACUGCUCCCGAUGCUCACGACUACAGUGACCACCAAAAGUGAUAUAAACUUUACGUGACGUAAGUAAAGUGAAGCUAUUUUUAUUUCUUUAAAUAUCGAACGGGGUUCUGAAUUUAAAAUUUGAAAUUAUAGCAAUUCUAAUUUUAUUUUUUUAUUCAAACGAUAUUUUUUGAUGCCCAUUGUCGUCUCCCAUACUAACAUGAAGUUAGGUUACGUUAAGUUUAGCGUUAACUUUCGAAUUAGGCUUAUUACUUUAUUCAUUAAAAAGUAAUAAUAUCGUUUGCAUGGGUGAUAUUUUUUUAUUGUUACUUAGAUUUAGUAAGUCACCUUUGUGUUUGCCCCACCAUUAUUAAUAAUGCAUAAUAAGUAAGUGAGCACAGAUGAUAUCUGUGAUUUAUUAUAUAAUUAUAUCAUGUUACUGUCAUUAUCAGAAUAACCAACCAUGGGCGUAUUAAGGUUCAUAACUGUAAUACUUAAAAAAACAACUUAGUAAUAUCUGGCGAGGACAACCAUUAAACUGUCCUAGAGUUCUUCCCUACAAUAACAACGAUAUAAAAGCAACUUAAAUAUUCACUCCCUUAACAUGGAAUACGCCUGUGGUCUGAAUGAUCUAUGCGACUGUUAUAUUAUCAAGUGCCAAAAAGUGGCUUCUAAACGUAUUUUACAAAAGUAUUUGGAGGAAGUAAAUGUCUAUGAGUGUUUAAGUAACAAAUUGUGUUCAAAAUUCAGUGCCAGGUUGAAACGGGAAGUAAAUUUUGGACAAUACGGCGACUUUAACGCGAUCCAUACAUUUAUUUGAAUAAAUAUAGUAUUUAAUAAUAUGGCAAGUGUAAAACAGGGUCAGAUCUGUUUAGACACUGACGUGUAUACCUUUAAAUUAUGUUGCCUUUAUAAUCGUGUCUUCUCGCAUUGAAAAAUGUACCAUGAGUAUUUUUAUUAUAUUUUAAAUUGAAAAUUAUAUUUAGGGUGUAAUUGUAAUAAAUGUUCAAAUGUAUUGGCGGCUAUAGAGAGGAUGAUAAAAUUAUGAUACUUAAAGAUACUAUGGAAAAUAUUUAUCAUACAUAGAAUGUACCAUUAUGAAUGUUUAUUAUCAUAUAAAAGAUAUUAUACCUACUGUAAGUGGGAACUGUUGCAGCAUAAAUUCUGACCAUAGCCUUGUGGAAUUGUGAUUUAGAGGUUAUGUACAAAUAGAGACAAACAGAUGUAUAUUUUUUCAUUUAAUCAUCCGACUACCUCAUUGAUGCAGCAAGUUAGUGUUAAAAGUAAAGCCUAUGACUGAUUGAAAUAUUUUUGUGGAAAGGAGUGCUUCCAAUGAUGAAAUACUUUUUAUUACACACCUACAAUUUAAAGGAGAUUAAAAAAAACUUAUUUUCUUUACCCAAGUUUUAAUACUAUUUCUCUGAAUGGAAUUUCAACUGAAGAUAAAUAUGUAACAUGUACCACUUUUAGUAUCUCAAUCAAUCAUAAUUGCCUGGUAAACCUAGUUUGGACUCAGGGUAAAAUUUCGAUGCACUAAAAAUUCCUAAGAUAGUUAUUGUAUACAAUCCAAUAUAAAAUAAAAGUAUCGAGCUUGGAGAUUCUCUCCGUCCUUAAUUUGCUGAUUUAAGAAAAAAAAAAUAUUAAAGUUUGGUUUCACCAAUAUCAAAGUGGAUCAUAAACUAACAUUUUGUAAAUUUAUCCUCAAUGCGAGUUUAGGCAGCAGUGAAACCAAGCUUUUAUUAUUAAAAAAUGAUCUUCUAGUCCCGUAUGAUAGAAUACUUAGUUGUUAAUGUGAUAGUUAUAAGUGCAGUGAUUACUGAUGUUAUAAAAGUAAAUUAUAAAUCAGUUGCAUAGUGUGAUCAUGUUGUUUGUUUUCACUCUAAUUGUUAAUUUUCAAACUUCUUCCCUUCUAAUGCCUGUUGUUUAAUAAAUAAGUGUAAACCUAUACAUUUGUAUAGCUUAAUAGAUCUGUGAAGUUGUAACAAGAUUGUGAAGAAUCAUGACAAAUAUAUAGUUUUUUCAUAUAAAAUUGUACACAUUAACUCAUGUUGAAAUCAGAGGUAAUAUUUUUUCAUGUAUUUAACAAUAUAGAGACAGCAUAUCAUGUUUUGUAGUAAUAUAAAUUGAUAUUACAUAUGCAAAUUUAA